CUGGGCAAGUCAUUCAAUGCAAAGGUUCUAUCUUUUUUACAUUUUCAUCUUCUUGAUAAUACAUGGGUGAUUCAGAUUUAGGCUAAUGGUAUAUCUGAUUUGGGUUUAUGGUUGCAGCUGCGGUGGCAUGGAAAGCAGGGAAGGUAGAGGUCGCCCCGCCGCAGAAAAUGGAAGUCCGAAUCAAGACUCUGUUCACUUCUCUUUGCCACACUGAUGUCUACUUCUGGGAAGCCAAGGGGCAAAAUUCUGUCUUUCCUCGUAUUCUAAGACACGAGGCCGCAGGGAUUGUGGAGAGUGUAGGAGAGGGAGUGGCAGAACUAGCACCAGGGGACCAUGGGCUACCUAUUUUCACUGGGGAAUGCAAAGAGUGUAGACACUGCAAAUCAGAUGAGAGCUAUGUGUGAUCUCCUCAGGAUCAA